AUGUAUCUAGUGAGAACAGUUGAUGGUGUGAAAUUAGAGGAGGCAAACCCUGGUGGUUGCAUCAAGGUUCCAGUUUAUAAACUUUCAAUGCAAGGAUCCAAGUAUCACAUAGUUUACAUCGCUGUUCCCAAUGAUGACAGUAUACUGAAAGACAACCACAUGCAAGUUGAUUUUUCUACGGUGGACACCAGCAACAACAACAGUUAUUUGUCAGGUCUUUGCGAAGGCGUCGAGUUGACUGCAGAACACAUCAGUCUUUUGAAGAAGUUGGACCAGUCACCUACUAGUUUCAAUGGAGAAGAAUUCUACACCAAAGUGUAUGAUAAUGUUAUUUCCAAACCCACGUCUAGGUGCUACUAUGUACCCAAGGGUCACAACUCCAUGACUUUGUCACCGUUCUUUAAUGUCCAUACUUCCAAUGUCAAGAAGGUUUACACUAGAUACUUUGGUUACUUAUAUGCCAUCUUGGUGAACUAUGACAAGUUUGACUUCAUGAAUACUGCUGCUGAAGGGAAGGCACGGGAAUUGCUUGAGCUGGUCAAGUAUGCUGACACAUUUGACGGUAGGUACAUUACAAUUUUAGAAUUGUUUGAUUAUUUCAUGAUGGAGAAUGACAAUAUAUUAAACUUAGCCCUACUCCCGUUUCUAUUGGACCUUAAACCCACAGGUUGA